UUGUGUAAAGAGUAUUUUAUAGGGCUGCACCAGGAGCGCUGGUUUUACUUUGACACCUGCCAGCGUUUCUUUCCGGGUGAAGAGGACGGGAACGAGCCUGAAUUUGAAUGUCAGGGAACCGGCGUGUGGACGAAAUGUUCGCACUGGCAGAUAUAUUAUUGGUUCAGAGCCGCUCAUAAGGAUUUUGUGACUGACUGCCUGACCUGCCAAACGGUGACAGACAUGGCAGCCAAUGGAGCAAGCUGUGAGCAGCCUCAGAAACGCGUAGGAGCUAAAGACAAAUUGAAUGGCAAAUCUGCAGACUUGUUGUUAAGAGAGAGGAGACAGAAAGAUAAGGAGGAGCGUCUGUCUCUGGUAUUGUGGAGGAGACCUGUCACCACUCUGCAUUACUUUCUCUUGGAGACCCUCCUUAAGCUAAAGGAGUGGACGUUUCAGCUUUGGCAGCGACGAGGCACAGUGUUCCUGUGUUUGGUGUUAUGUUCUCUCUUCUCCAUCGCUUAUUCAGCUGAGGGAGAACACCAGCAAUAUGUUCAGUACCUGGAAAAGAAGUUCCUAUGGUGUGCCUACUGGGUAGGCCUUGGAAUCUUGUCCUCAGUAGGCCUUGGAACUGGUCUACACACCUUCCUUCUUUAUCUGCCACCAGAGGAUGGCGUCAUAAUCCACACCAAGCCAAGAACCUGGCAUUGGUUCAAACGUCAAACUUUUGUCACACGUCUGUCCAAUGCUAUCUAUGAGUGA